CCUCCAUUUCAAUCUCCAUAUGACCUUUAGCCCAAACUCUUUUCCGGCUAGCAAAAACUCAGAGAUCGGCAAUGGCGGCUUCGAGGCUGUCCUCGUGUGUAGCUAUGGCGGCAGCCGUCGCUUUCUUUUCCAAGGCCUCCAGCGGCGCGUACGCAGACGGUCCGUUUCGAUUCUCGCCUUUCUCUUCAUCACCUCCCCAGACCUCUCAAUCCUCUGCUGAAAAAUCGGAGGACAAGUCGGAGGCCGAUGAGCCGAGAGUCAGUUCCUCGGGGUUCGACCCCGAAUCCCUGGAAAGAGGCGCCAAAGCUCUUCGCGAAAUCAACAGCUCUCCCAACGCUAAACAGGUUUUUGAAAUUAUGAGAAAGCAAGAACAAACUCGACUGGCCGAGUUGGCAGCUGAGAAGGCUCAUCAAGAAGCAAUUCAAGCUCAAGCAGAUAUCGAUAAGCAGCGGAAAAUGGCUGAAGAACAAAUGAAUCUAGUACAGCAACAAGCACAGGCGAAGGCACAAAUGCUACGAUAUGAAGAUGAGUUGGCUAGGAAAAGAAUGCAGACAGAUCAUGAAGCUCAGAGGCGACAUAAUGUUGAAUUGGUUAAAAUGCAAGAGGAAUCCUCCAUACGAAAAGAACAAGCAAGACGGGCGACUGAGGAGCAGAUCCAAGCUCAACAACGCCAGACUGAGAAAGAGAGAGCUGAGAUAGAGCGGGAAACCAUACGAGUAAAGGCCAUGGCUGAGGCUGAAGGCCGGGCCCAUGAAGCAAAAUUAACAGAAGACCAUAACAGGAGAAUGCUUAUAGAGCGGAUGAAUGGUGAAAGAGAGAAGUGGCUUGCUGCGAUUAAUACAAUGUUUAGUCAUAUUGAAGGGGGUUUCAGAGUUCUAUUGACCGAUAGGAAUAAGUUGCUUAUGGCUAUAGGAGGAGCCACUGCAGUGGCCGCUGGUGUUUACACAACAAGAGAGGGUGCUAGGGUUACUUGGGGUUAUAUCAACCGGAUGCUGGGGCAGCCAUCACUAAUUCGGGAGUCAUCCAUUGCUAAAUUUCCAUGGUCAGGGAUGGUUUCUCGAGGAACGAAUAAGGUGUUGAAUUACAGUACAGCAGCUGGGGGAGCAAGGCCUGGGGAAAAUAAGACCAGUUUUGGAAAUAUUAUUCUCCACCCUUCAUUGCAGAGGAGAAUAGAGCAUCUUGCUCGAGCUACAUCAAAUACUAAGUCUCACCAGGCACCCUUUCGAAACAUGCUGUUUUAUGGACCGCCUGGCACGGGUAAAACUAUGGUCGCAAGGGAGAUAGCUCGAAAAUCGGGUUUGGAUUAUGCCAUGAUGACUGGAGGGGAUGUUGCACCUCUUGGCGCACAGGCUGUCACCAAGAUCCAUCAAAUAUUUGAUUGGGCAAAAAAAUCAAACAAAGGUUUACUGCUUUUCAUUGAUGAGGCUGAUGCUUUUCUAUGCGAGCGGAACAGCACACGCAUGAGUGAAGCUCAACGAAGUGCUCUAAAUGCAUUGCUUUUUCGGACGGGAGACCAGUCAAGAGAAAUUGUUCUUGUCCUUGCCACAAACAGACCAGGCGAUCUUGAUAGUGCUGUGACUGACCGCAUUGAUGAAGUGAUCGAGUUCCCGCUUCCAGGGGAGGAGGAGCGUUUCAAACUGCUGAAGCUCUAUUUGGACAAGUACCUCUCUGAUGAAGGCCAAAGCACAUCUAAGUGGAACCCUCUAUCAAAGAGUAAGCCACAGAAGGUAACCAUAAAAGAUGUGUCUGAAGAUGUGAUCCGAGAGGCAGCCAGGAAGACAGAAGGCUUCUCUGGCCGUGAGAUAGCAAAACUCAUGGCUGGUAUCCAAGCAGCUGUGUACGGUCGGCCAGACUGUGUAUUGGAUUCCCAGCUGUUCAUGGAGAUAGUAGAUUACAAGGUUGCAGAGCAUCACCAGCGACUUAAACUGGUAGCAGAAGGUGGUCACCCAGCUUAACUGGGGAAUCCGCCUGUGAAGUAGGGCUUUUCUCAGAAACCUUUCAAAGAGAUGGAAAUUUUGUCUAAUGUCAUUCUAUUAUUUCAAUUCUUGAUCAGAUUGUUGUUUGUAAUUGUUACUUGUAUUACCAUUACAAUGAGGUGAUUGUGAAUUUCUUGGGGUGUGGCCCAGCGGCCCUGGAGUUGAUUAGAUUGGUUCCAACUUCGAAAUUAUACAAUAAUGUGACAAACACAAGUCUCUGUGUCGCCCUUUCUUCA